CAGUUUUGGUCGGAUUUUAUAAUGGCUCUGUGAAAAUGCCACUAAUUUUACAAGGUUCUUAACCUUUGCCCGUUAACAUGUAGAUGGCGUUUUGCAUUAUUUAGCAAAAGAAAUAAAUGCAAAUCAUCUGUUUCUGUGCAAUUUGUGGAAAUCGCUUGCAUUUAAUUAAACACCAAUUCUUGUUAAAAGAAUUAGUGCAGAGUCCUAAAUAUCUUAAACAAAAUUAACAUUAAUAUAUUCUUAAACAUGUCAAAUAACGAUACAGGUACUGGUGAUACCCAAACUACACUCUCAAGAGAUGUAUUCAAAAUAGGAACGGGAACUACUGCCGCUGAUAAUGAGGCGGGUCUGGACACGCUUGCAAGAGAUCCAUCGCCACGCGAAGCUUUAGUAACCACUGCUGUGAAUUUUCUACACAAUCCUAAGGUAUAUAACGCGACAUUACUGCAAAAGCAAAAAUUUCUUAGGUCCAAAGGUCUUACAAAUACAGAAAUACAAAUGGCUUAUGAACGGGCUGGAAUAUUUAGCCAGGAUCCCGACUCAACACCGCCCACUGUCAUUAACAUGGAUAUUAACACCACACGCGCUCAGUUAGCCCUACAACCACAGCAAACAACGAUGUUAGACCGCAUUAAGGAGCUCUUACAUUCCAUGGCUUUAUUGGGUGGCGUAGCUUAUGCUUUCUAUACAUUAUGGAAGAAGUUUCUUGAACCUUUUCUGUUUGGCAAAUCUAAAAAAAAAAGAACUGCCGAUGAGACUUUAUCAGACAUAAACAUGAAAAUAGAUGUGCGCAUAACUGAAGUCAGAACAGAAUUAAACCAAGUUAAAGAAACGAUAGCACGAGAACAACGUGAUCAAACACAAAAGUUCAUGCGCGAAUUUAAUAGUUUUAAAACCGAUUUGGAAGCCAUAAAGGGCCUAUUAUUGAAUCGCAAACAAUUUGCAGCUCCUUUAAAUAUUGGCACACUCGGCACACCUUCUAUACCCACUUGGCAGUUAUCCUCCUCUUCGCCACAUCAUUCACGACAUCAUAUUAAUAGCCAAUCUGAUGACAACGAAAAAGCAGAUGAUGUUGGGUCAGGUUCCGGAUCUUCCGAAACAGAAGUAGUUACCAAAAAUAGUGAUUCUAGCUUAGAAAUCAUGUAAAAAUUAAAGCAAGAACAAAACACAACAGUAAAUGUAUAAUAUUAGUAAUUUUUAUCAUACUUUGAAAAAUACAUUGUUUUUGGUUAGGUUAUUAUGGUGUGGUCCUGACCCAUUUUGUAGUUAUAGAUGGGCAGGAACGUUGUAAACUUAGACUAGCCGUUGCAGACCAAAUAAGAAAUGCAAGAAAAAAUAUUACUUUUUUUUUUUGAACAUAAAACAAGUAACUUAACAUAUAAUCAAUCAAACAUUGUAUGGUG